AUGAAAGAAACGAACUUGUGGGGCGGGGGGCAGCAGCUGGGGUGUACAGACACCGCAACAAACAUACACUUCACAAACGGAGCAGCAGAUCCUUGGAAAAGUCUUUCAGUUUUAAAAGUUCCAAAGUCCGUUCAAAUCCACCAAAGAGUCUCCGCCUUCGUUAUCCAAGGCGGGUCGCACUGCACGGACUUCUACAGCCCCUCGCCUUCGGACAGUUCUUCUUUAAAGGAAGGAAGAAAAGCCAUCAAAGAAGCUGUGGCCAGUUUCAUUGAAGCUCACCGCAACCCCAGCAGCAGCAGCAACAGCAGCAGCAGCAGCAGCAGCAGCAGGGAAAGCGGAGCCGCAGCAGCAGCCGCUGCAGCAGCAGUCGUAGCUGCAGCACCUGCAGCAGCAAAUGCUCUGGCAGCUGCUGCUGCUGAGCUCUAG